AUGAAGGCUUCCAUGUUUCUCGCCGCCACUGGCGCUGCGCUGGCUGUGGCUAGCCCCAUCCGUGCGCCCCUGGACAAGCGCGCCAUGGAGACCGACUGGGUCGUCGAGGUCGUCACUGUCACUGUCACCGCUGGCCAAGAGCCUGCUGCUGCCUUUUACGAGGUGCCCACAUCGACGACCUCGGUCGAAGUUGUCGAGCCCACGGUCGUGCCUCAGGAGAAGACCCAAUAUAUUCCCAAGAAAAAGCCCCAGCCUCAGCCUGCGGCCCCGGUCAUCACAACUGUUGUCGUGCCCGAGCCCAGUGUCGAGCCCCAGCCUGAGCCUGAGCCUCAACCCGAGACCACCACGGUUGAGCCUGAGCCUGAGCCUGUCCCUGAACCCGAGCCUACUACUGCGCCCGCGCCCGCGCCUGCGCCCGAGGAGCCUGACACGGACACGGACAGCUACGAGGGCGUGAUGCUCAAGCACCACAACAUCCACCGCAGCAACCAUUCGGCGCCUGACCUCUCGUGGGACUCGACUCUUGCUGGCUACGCCAAGACCAUUGCCGAGGGUUGCGUCUUUGCGCAUGACAUGGACCAGGGCUCCGGUGGCUACGGCCAGAACCUGGCCUCGUGGGGAACCACGUCUGGCCUGGACGGCCUCGUGAACGAGAUGGGCGCCAGUGCCGUCACCGAGCAGUGGUACAACGGCGAGGUGAACGCCUGGACAUUCUAUGGCAUGGACGACCCUCCCGCGAGCUCGCCUCUCACCGCAUGGGGCCACUUCACCCAGGUCGUCUGGAAGUCGACCACCAAGGUUGGCUGCUACACGGCGAGCUGCCCCGCUGGUACUGUCCUGCAGUACCCUUCGUUGUACACUGUCUGCAACUACGACCCCCCUGGCAACUACGGUGGUCAAUACGCUGAGAACGUGCUCGAGCCAAUCGGCAUGGCCACUACCAAUGUCUAA